AACUUGUUUUAUCAUCAACAUCAAUUGAAAUUCAUUGAUAAGGCUGGAGAGGCGGAAACGGCAGAAGAUAGAUACGGUUGUCUGUGCAAUUUUUCAUUGAAUCUCCUGCGAUGACUUAAAAAAUUCAAGUUUGAAACAGAUCAUUCAAUCAAAGUGGCAAAGAUGACGUCCAUCUUCGAUCAGUUCGAGCAAACAUCGCAGAGGAAUCCUUCUCCCUCCGUGAUGACGAGAGCUCCGAUUUUACCAGAAUUGAGUGCCUCUGACUAUGUUAACAUAGCGCUCCAGGAGGAGAAACCCAUGUUUACAAAGCAGAAGGUGAAUUUCCUACCCACAAAGCGUAUUACUCAUAUGGCUGUUUGUAAUGAAUUGGUAGUCAUUGUGAUGGCAAAUACUACCCUUCUGUAUAAAAGUUUGAAAGAUCCUGAUAAUCCUAAAGAAAAAGAUCUGACCAAAGACAUAAUGCAAGCUCGAUUGGGUAGAAUCUUUUUAGAUGUUUCUGGAAAUCAUCUUCUCCUUAGCUUGUUGCCAAGAUUACCCAAUGGAGAACAUGAAUUAUUGUACUUCAACCUUAUUUCGUCAGAGAACAAGAGCCCCUCAAGACUGCAGCUUAAGAAUACAGAAGUAACGGCUAUUGCUUGGUGUCACAAAUCUCGGCCUAACCAGUUGGUAAACAGUGGUCCAAUUUUAUUGGGAUCAUCUUUAGGUGUAAUUUAUGAAGCAGAUUUGAACGCCAGUAGUGAUACUUUCCGCAAUGCUUACUUAGCUCAAUCAAACUUCGACAGGAGAGAAUUGUUUGAUAUAGGGAAAGGAACCACCACUGUUAUCACUAGUAUAGAGUAUCAUCAACUUCCGUCCUCCGAUACAUACUUCGUAUUUGUAUCUACCUAUAGUAAAUUUUACCAAUUUGUUGGUUCUGUAAGCAGUCAAGAUAAAAAACCAUUCCUUAAAAAUGUUUUCAAUAAUUAUUUAACUAAACCAGAAAUCUGUUAUCCUGUCUCGGAACCUGCAGUUUAUUCUCAACUUCAGUUCUAUUAUCCUGCUCCUGGACUGGCUCCAAAAUCUUUUGCAUGGCUGACCAGUGCUGGUAUAUAUUACGGACAGCUGGACUCCACGAUCAGCGAUGAUGCCUGCGUAAUUGAAUCUGCGCAGCUUUUAGAACUGCCUGACCCGAAUUCACAGCCGAUAUCAUUUGCCAUCACCCAGUUUCAUGCUCUGUUACUGUACUCUGAUCACGUAACAGGCAUCUCUUUACUUAAUGGAAAGUUGGUUUUUGAGAAUUAUUACAAUGAAGCACAUGGGAAGUUGGUUUCAAUUAACAAGGAUCCUGUCACAGGGACUGUCUGGGUGGUAGCUGCAAAAGCUGUUUUCAGGUACAAAAUUGUGAAAGAAGAUCGCAAUGUCUGGGAAAUCUAUCUGGAAAAGGGACAAUACGAAUUAGCGAAACAAUACUGCAAAGAUAACCCAAUCUAUUUGGAUCAAGUUCUGGUCAAGCAGGCAGAAAAAUACUUUGAAACAGAGGAUUACGUAAAUAGCGCUCUACUGUACGCAGACACUCAAAGUUCAUUUGAAGAAAUAGCAUUGAAAUUUUUACAGAUCUGGGAGUUGAAUGGCUUGAAAUUAUUCUUGAGGAAAAAAUUGGAAAAAUUAAACCCAAAACAACCCCAAGACAAAACUCAAAUUACGAUGAUAUCAAUUUGGAUGUUUGAACUAUUUUUAAAUCAGUCAGGAAAUUUACGACUCGAUGGGAAGGACAACACUGUUGAGUACCGAGAAUUACAGGAAGAAUUUGAAAAUUUUAAAAGAAUACCGCAAGUUGUUGAAUGUAUUCGGGCAAAUUUUAGCACAAUAGAAGAAUUAAUUGCGAGCCAUGGUGACAAGGAGAAUUUAAUUAGAUUAACUAUAGAAAACAAAAAUUUUGAGAAGGUAAUUCGACAGCAAAUAAUGAAAGGAAACUACGAAGAUGCCUUAACAACUUUAAUGAAUCAAAGUAAUAGGGACUUAUUUUAUCCGUUCAUGCCAGUGAUCUUAGAGGCUAUUCCUCGACAAGCCAUUCAAAUACUCAUUAGGGAAAGUAAAAACUUAGAUCCUGUAAAACUCUUGCCUGCAUUCGUUGCAAGUAACAUUGAUGAAAACCACGCUGUGGAAAUAAUGCGGUACCUGGAGACGUGUUGUCCAUUCAAUCAAAAUCAGUCCUUACAUAAUUAUCUAUUGUCACUUUAUGCUAGGUACAAUGAAACUAAGUUAAUGAAAUAUAUUGAUAUUCAAGGUCAAGAAAUAAGCAUGGUAAAUUAUGAUGUCAGGUAUGCUUUAACUCUAUGUCAGCAACACAAGCUUACCAAAGCUUGUGUUAAACUGUCAGCUUUGCUAGGUUUAUGGGAAUCAGCAGUUGAUUUAGCUUUAACUGUCAGCAUCGACUUAGCCAAAGAAACUGCGGCUCUUCCACCUCACAGUAGCUUGGAACUUAGAAAGAAAUUAUGGUUGAAAAUAGCGGAACAUAUCAUUAGCAAAAAUAAUGAUAUCAAAGAAGCAAUGGAAUUUCUAAAAGAAUGUGAUCUGAUAAAAAUUGAAGAUAUUCUGCCUUUCUUCUCUGAUUUUGAUACCAUAGAUCAUUUUAGAGAUGCAAUUUGUGACUCAUUACAAAAGUAUAACGAGCACAUAAAGGACAUCAAAGAGGAUAUUGAGAGCGCUACAAAAUCUGCCAACAUUAUACGUGGUGAAAUCGCCUCUUUUCGUAACAGGUAUACCAUCAUCAAAGUCUCGGACGUUUGUGAUUUAUGUAAUAUACAAUUAAUGCUUAGGUCAUUUUAUACAUUCCCAUGUGGGCACCGGUUUCAUUCAGCAUGUUUAACCAAAGAAUUACUCCCACUACUAGAGCCUCAAAAACGUUUCGAGCUCCAGGAAAAACAAAAGCAGUUUGCAGUUUUAACAUCAAGUAAUCGAGACGAUAGCAUUUCAGUGAAUUCCACAACGUUAUCACCUAUAGAUAAAGUUAAGUCUGAAAUAGAUUCCAUUUUAGCGUAUGAGUGCUUCUUCUGCGGUGAUCUUUUUAUUAAUUUAAUCGAUAAACCUUUCAUUGAAGAUGACGACUUUGAAAGGGUUAUGAAAGAAUGGGCUUGAAUUCUUGGACCGAAAUUGACCAACAAUUCGAUGAAAUCUCUCAAGAAACAUGCACUAACACGCGUAAAAAAGUCCAUGAGGAUAGUGUUACUUCGGAUCUGUGUAUUAUGAUAUUAUCAAACAUUUUUCGGUAAGUAAUGAUGAAGUAAAAUCCGUUUUUGCUUGGGAAUAUCUGAUGCGCAUGGGAGCAGGAAUCGAAUUUUCUGCAAAACUGAGAAAUCAGAAUUUGCUUCUAUGUAAUUCAAUUCCGAAGUCUUUUUUUACAAUGGUUUUGUGCAGUAUCUUUUAUACGAUUCCGUUUUGGGAAAUCAAUUGUAUUUUUUACUUUAACAUAGAGGGAAAGAUGCAAAAUCUUGGCGGAUUUGUAACCGAGAUUCUCCCAUGUUCUUUUUCUCCAAAUCUCUUCCCUCCCUCGAUCUGUUUUUCUCAUCACGGCUGUGGUUUUGAUUGUUGAAUUUCUUUGUCAUAAGAGGUCAUAGCUUUACUUAAAAUUCGUCAGUUUGUAUUAAACUUGUAAUUAUCAAAUAAGAGAUCCGUAUAGAUUUGUUCCGUUUAUAUUGCUGGAGAAUAUUAUUGAUCGUUUAACAUUUUUUAAUGUCAUGCAUUUAUUUGAAUUUUGCUUAUGUGAAAAAUUCUAUCUAUUUUAGUGGACGGAGGAGGUCUGUUGAACGUAGGCUUGUGCAAAAAAAAUUGAGAGAAAAAAAAUCAAUUCAUUGCAGUCUAAGUUUUUUUGAAAUAGAUGGAAAUGUGAUAGUUGUUGCUUGACAUCUUACUACACUGAAGAUCAGAAGUUGGUCAGUUAGGAAAUGAUAGCAUGGUAAAUAAUGCGCAACAGUCCCUCCUUUCGCCCUUUGAUAAAAAAAAUGGUGCUUUUGUUGUCCGAGAAAAAUAAAGAGAGCACUAAAUCCACAAUGCAGUACUCAACUGGUCUUUCAUUCCCUAAAAAUAUUGGAAUUUGAAAAAAAUGCCUCAAUUGCUUUGGCUCUCUCCCUGCAGAGCCUCAAACGAUGUGUCUCGCUAUGCGACGUUGCCAACUUGUUAACAAUCUUUAUUUUUUAAAUAGAAAACUACUCACGACAAUUUUUCAAAACUCUCGUGAACUUUUUCUUCUCUGCAGAAAGAAACUCUGUGAAAAUUUCAAGGAAUAAUGUUGAUUUGUUUUCCUUUAAAAUAAUAAAAUAGGAGCAGAAAUUUUAAAACACCGCAAACAAAAUAUAAUGUCUGAAAGUUCUACCGUAGAUACGUUGUUUAUACAGAAUGUAAAGAGAGUGCAAUGAGAAUAUCAGUUUAACAUAUACAAUAAUUUAAGGCAAAAUCACCAACACUCUGUUGGAACUAAUUAACCAAUGAAUAAAUUCAAACGGUGAAGAGCCUUCACCUGAUCUAUUCGAUAUAACAUCGAAGAUUUUAGUUUUGUUAAAUCACAGUGAUCUCAUCGCUAACAUUUUCAAUUUUGGAUGGUAUUAACUUUUUGUCAGCAUUUACUAAACAAUUAAGUAUGUAUUUAUUUAAUCCCAAAAAGUAUUUACUCCAUUUGAAUUUAAGAGUCUGAGCAUGUUCUUUAAUUUUCAUGUCAGAAAAUAGUUGAGGUGCAACCGAGAUAAUGUGAAAGACCUCUUACGCUUAACACCUAUUUUUUAGUUUUUUCCUUGAGAAACUUUAUCAUACCUUUUGUCUUAGUUCAAUAUGACAGCAGCCAGAGAUGUAAUGUGCAAUAAAAAGAGCAAAUGUGUCAAUUUAAAUGCUUCAAUCAAUUUUUAAGUCCUUUGAACCUUGCCGCAAAAUUCAACCUUGAAGAAGUUGCUCCCAAUUCCUCAAUGUCUCUCUCUCUUUGUGGUAACUUAAUUUCACCGAAUUCUAUUUGCUAUACCUCUUUGGAGCUUUACCAUUGAGUCUCACCAAAAUAGUGAAAAGUUUGUCGAGGGCGUAGACUUCCUUAUCAGUAUUGUUGGGCAAACAGCUACAAUUCUGAAAAACUGAAAUUGACCUUGGACAUUUUCGCACUGACUGAUUCAAUUGAUGUAAAGAUUUCAGUGAAUGUGAUAUGUUCACUUAUACCAAAGAGAAAUUGAUUUUUUUUCUAGUGUAUACUUGUUAUUUAAAAUAAUUUCUAGCUUCAAUUCAACUGACUUCUUUUUUACUGAUAACCAUACACAUUACAUUACACGACAAUAUAUGAAAAAGGCUAAUUUGCUCAUGUAAAGGCCUCUAGUGUCCUUAACUACUUAUAUAAGAUUGGACAAGAUGUCACAUUGAAAGUUUUAAUCUUCCAAAGAGAUUAUUAAAUAUUUUAGAUAUGUAAA